GGCACACAAACGCGUGCAGCAGCCGUCGGUCCGCCGCCUGUGACUCUCGUUCCGCUCGUGACUUCUCUCUUCUUGCCGUCGUCAAGCUCCCCCACCGCCUGAAAUUCCUUGGCCGUGGGUCAUCAACUCGCACCUGGGAGUAGCAGAAUCGGUCGCCCUUGUCCUUCUCUGCUCCCAAUUUCCUGUUGGGAAUCUAUCUCGAUUUCCUGUUGGAGCAGCGCAGCAGAGAGCGUGUUGGUCAACUUCAAUUCAGCCCCUCACGAGCUACCUCGGCGGCGGAGGCUAAUGAGCAUGGAAGCAGCAAGGGGCGGCUCAUCGAGCGCGCCCUCCGGCGGCGGAGUCUACGGCUCGCUCAAGGAUUGGUUUCUGAACUGGCGGCGGCCACAGCAUCCAACACCAACGGUGUACACCAGUGGCGGCAGCAAGUCAGGAUCAGGUACAACCCUAUCCAGCACCUACACAUCCGGAUCCGGGGCCUCCCACCUGUCAUCCUACGACCAUCGCCUGCUCAACGCGCUUGCCGUGGAGGAAAGAGCGGAGGAGCUCGCGAAAGAGAGGGCGGCGGAGCUCUGGGGCGGCGCCGACGACGGCCAGCGGCCGGAGAAAUCCAUGACCCCCAGUGGCAACUUCAGUGCGCUGGAGCGGUGGCUCAUGGGACUGGACGUCGGCUGGGUGCUCUGCAUCGCCGACGAUGCCUCCGCCGCCGCAGCGGCGGGGGGCUUGUGGCACCUCUCCGGCGCCAUGGUGCAGCGUGACUACGCGGGGAGGUGGAUCCAGGCUCUCACUGUGAUCACGCGCACCAUCCUCCGAGCUUACUCGGACCCUUUCGGCUGUGGCUUGUCCGACCUGUACAUUGUGCUCGAGGAAGAUGAGCUUGCGACGACGGAGCAGGAGCAAGAUCCGGAUCAGCUCCAGCAGUCCCGCGCGCGGUUUGCCGAGGCAGCCAUCUUGCGAAUGCUCCCCUUUGUUGAUGCCAUAGCUGCUGCUUCCAGCAUUGCCGGUGCCGGUGCCAAUGGAGCACCGGCGCCAACGCCAACCGAGAGGCUGCAGGUACUCCUGAACGUGCGUGAAGCCUUGUCCAGUGCCUCGUCCGGUAUCCAGCUAUGGCUGCACUCGGCGUCCUCGGCAGAAGCCAAGCAGAAAAGCGAUGAGGUGCUCGGUCUCCUGUCAGCGAAAGAGAGGAGAUUAGAUGAGGCCAUCUGGAACGCCAUGGAGGAUCUCAGGGCUUGCAUCCUGUCGGCACCGGACGACAAAGCUCUGUGGGGUGCUCAAAGCCCGCAGGGAUCACCUGACGUUGUCAGGGUCACCCGGUCCCUGAUAAACCACAUCAGGUUGCUGUGGGGUAAUCACAAGCUAGUGAGGCACAUCGUCGGCGUAGCAGCUGACAUUGGCGACUAUGUCCCGGAGUAUGACAGGAUCAGCUACUUCCUCUCGGGACAGGAGAUGAGCGCUGGCGAGCCUUUUGCCAGCCUGACGCUAGAGAUGGUCUCGGCCUUGGAAGAAAAGCUUGCCGAGAGAUCGGAGUCAUUCCCGGAUCACGGCCUCAGGGUCCUGUUCUUGAUCAACAACACGUGCUUCAUAUGGCAGCAGCUUCAUCCACUGCUGCUCGGCAUGGAGCGCCACAUGUCAGUGCUCGCUCGGAGAAUCGAGGACUACAUACAGAGGUAUCUGCAGGUGUCGUGGGCGCCGGUGGUGUCAUGCUUGUCCGAUCUAGCACCGCUUUGCUUUGGACGAAAUUAUAACUCCUGCCUGGCUAGAUUCGAAUCAGAAUUUCAGAAAACCUACUCUGCCCAAAAGCUCUGGAAGGUGCCGGACCCUGAGCUCAGGAGAAGGCUGCGGCAAGCUGUCACCGAGAGAGUGGUCUCAGGCUUCAGAGAGUACUUGGAACAUGACAACAUCAGCACUACACCCCCAAGGAUCACUCUGACUCCACUAGAGCUGGAACACAUGCUGCAAGAGCUAUUCGAAGGAUGAACAGAGGACAAAGUUACAUUAUAUAGUCUCCAUGUGUCUAGAGUAUUUGUUUCAUGGUGGCUUUAAGCCCCCUUUUGGAUUGCGGGAUUUUUUUUCUUUUUUUUCUUUCUGCAUUUUCCCUGUGAAAUUUAUGUGUUUCAAAGGAGGCCUUAGUGGUGCUGCACCCUGUACUGCUGCUUGACUGCUUUAGAGUACCCUGGUUUCUGAAGUUUUGUUCUUUUCAAUAAUAUAUAUCAAUCUGGAACAAAGAGCUGUCAAUAUCUUUUGUCUUGAACCA